UGUUUAGGAAAAUGGCGUCUAACAGCGAUGAAAUUGGAAAGUCACUGAAAAGUGUUAUUGGAAGGCUACAAAAGGCAACAGAAUCAAGACCAAAGAGUCUGCCACAGAUUACACCAAGACUUGUAGCAGUUACCAAAACAAAACCAGUAUCUGACAUCCUUACAGCAUACAAGCAUGGGCAGAGACAUUUUGGAGAAAAUUAUGUUAUGGAACUCGAAGAAAAGUCCAAAGAGCCAGUUAUACUGGAACAAUGUGCAGAUAUAAAAUGGCAUUUUAUCGGACAUCUACAGAGAAAUAAAGCAAACAAAGUCACUGUUCUACCUAACCUCUAUAUGGUGGAGACCGUCGACUCACAGAAGCUUGCUCAAACAUUAAACAACAACUGGGAAAAAUUUAAACGUCCCGGCAAACUUAAAGUGAUGAUACAGAUCAACACAAGUGGAGAAGACAGUAAAUCAGGAUGUGACAAGGAAACUAUGGUGCAGUUAGCAACAUUUGUACGAGAGAAAUGUCCCUGUCUAGAAUUUGCUGGUAUCAUGACGAUAGGGGCAUAUGGGUACAAUAUUGAGGAUGGACCAAAUCCAGAUUUCUUGAGCUUAGUGAAAUGUAGAGAAGAUCUUUGCAAAGCGUUAAACCUCAGUCUAGGUGAUGUGGAGUUAAGUAUGGGAAUGUCGACUGAUUUUGAACAUGCUAUUGAACUUGGAAGUACAAACGUAAGGGUAGGCAGUACAAUUUUCGGUGCAAGGAAUGUUCCUCAGAAAUCAGUUCCAGGUACUUCAGGAAGUCAGCCUCAGUCUGAUUCUAGCCAAUCGCAACCUUCAGAAUCCAGUCAGUCAGAUGCAAACAGCCAAUCAGAGAAUAGGUGCUCUCAGCUACCAAGCAGUAGCCAAUCAGAGAGUAGGGAUAAUGGCAUUAGCCAAUCACAACCUUCAGAAUCCAGUCAGUCUGAUGUAAACAGCCAAUCAGAGACUAGGUGCUCCCAAUUACAGUCUGAGAGUAGGGAUAAUGGGAUUAGCCAACCACAAGACUUUGUUGUAAAUGGACCUAUAGAAACAGUAGAAGAAAUAAAUUGUGAUACAAAUUCAGGGGAAGUUUCAAAUUCCUUCGAAAAUUUAAAUUUAAGCUAGCUCUAGUCUAUGUACUGUAGAUUAGAUUAUGUUUGCAACAGUUUUACUGAUUUUUCAUGCUAGUUGUAAAGUAAAAAUUUGAAAAGCCAUAAAUAUCUAUUUCCAAGCGUGAUGUUGAGAACAUAACAUGCUACAAGUCAGGAGUUCUUACUGAUCAAAAAUGACUGCAGACUCAAAUAGUGGAGUGAAAACAAAACAUGGAAAAUAGCUAGUCUACAGUAGUUGCUUUUAAUUGUCUGGUCCCUUUGUAAUAUUUUGGUUUUUAGCUCGACUAUUCGAAGAAUAGUCUAGCUAUUCUACUCACCCUGGCGUCGGCGUUGGUGUCGGCGUCGGCGUCACACCUUGGUUAAGUUUUUGCAUGCAAGUACAUACAGCUAUCAUUUAAAGGCAUAUAGCUUUGAAACUUAUUUAUUCUUUUUCUAGAUCAAUUACCAACCUCACAGGGUUCGACACUAACGGUGUCCUGGGGGCCCGAGGAUCCCAAAUUUUGAGGAGGAACACCAACUUCUAAAAGCUGGGAUUCCGGCUGGAUACCUAUAUUUUUGGUCAAUGAUAUCCAAAAAGUAAAAGAUAAAUACCUGUUUGAAAAAUAUUUUAACCCUUUCCCACAUCGAUACAUUUAUCACCGUAUCUAUCGAUUACCAAACAGAAACAUAUUGACCCGUGUCUAUCGGUUACCCGAUAGAAACGUUUAAUACCGAUUAACGGCCAUUUAAACAGAAUCAUUUUAUCCCGUGUCUCAUAAUCAAUCGCUUUAUUUUCGUUCUUUUCCUAAAGAAACAAAUUCCGGAUGUUUACUAAGUCAAAAUAUGGGAUUUCGUCAUCAUUAUUUACGUACAAGAUCAUGUGGUUACUAUUUAAAUAUAUCGGGUACUUUUCAAAGAAAUACACUGGGGUUUUUUCCUACAUGUGCACGACGCUACGUCAUGGAAAAUUACUGAGAAAACUGCUUGCAACUGGCCGGUUCGCGGGACUUUCCUCGUUCUAAAAAUAACAACCAUUUAACAUCUAAGUAUUUUUAAAUGUGUUAGGUCAUGAAGGUCACGCGUGAUACAUGCAGAUUUCCCCUGAACAACAUGGCUUAGAAUUUAUGGCCUUACACAAAGAAGUAUAAAAUAUAUUUAUUUUUAUAGAUCUAGCUCUUUGCCUUACAAAACGGGAAGUGUUAAUCAAAACAGAAGGACAGCGGCUUCCAAAUAUUUUAUGACACCCCAAGAGUUAAUUGCAGCGGAAGUCACCCGCGAUGUACGGACGUUUGAUCAUCAAAAUAUUACUUAAUAUUAUCUAAAAAUAUUUUAAUUUUUAGUACAAGAAUACUGUAGUCGGUUAUGAGUCUCGAUCUCAGCGAUCUUUUUGCACUUUCAGAAAUUUUACGAUCCGUUAUUUUUGUAGUGUUAUUCAGUUUGAUGGUUGUUUUUUUUUUUAUAUAAAUACUUACCGAUUCCGAUUCGGAAGGUAAGUCUAUUAACUAUAAAUCAAACUUUCAAACAUCAAAAUGAAAUUGUAUAUGAAUUUCAAUGUGAAAGUAAUCCAAAACAGAAUUUUAUGCCUAAAAAUAUAAUUCCCUUACUUUAACACUUUAUAUCUUCAAACCUCAAAGAGAAACUACAAUAAAUUCUGUAUCAUCGGAAAUAUAAAUGCCAGGUAAUAUUAAGAUUUUAUAUUUUAAAAUAUAUGAAGAGAAGUCAAGAAUUUCAAGAAUUUUUUUUUUUGAUAUUAUAAUUUUUAGUGGUUGUCACAAUAGACUUGACAAUGAUUAUAUCUAUAAGAUACAAGUGUCUCCAAAGUCGAGACCUUGUCCUGACAUUGGCAAACAUGUAAAUUGAUAUCAGUUUGGAUACAUUCUUCUGUAGGAGUUAAGGUGUCAGCCACUCAAUACAGAGGUUGCGGGUUCGAAUCCCACUGGGGUCACGACCGUAACUUCUCAUAAGACACCGGUUGUGAUUGUUUUUAUAUAUCAUAUUAUGAGGGAUCCCAAAGCCUGAGGAGGACCCCCAGAUUUAAAAAGUAGAGAUUCCUUUGGGAACCUUGUUCAAAUAAGUUAGUGUCUAACCCUGAUUAUGCCCCCUUUUGGACUUAGAAAAUUCUGGUUAAGGUUUUACAUGCAAGUUACUAUCUCCAAAACUAAUGCAGAUAUUGAAUUGAAACUUCACAUGUGUCUUCGGGGUUAUAAAACUAGUUGAUAGCACCAAGUCCCAUAACUCUGACCUUCAUUUUAGCCAAAUUAUGCCCCCUUUUGGACUUUGAAAAUUUUGGUUAAAGUUUUGCGUGCAAGUACAUACAGCUAUUACUAAAAGGCAUAUAGAUUUGAAACUUAUUUUUUCUUUUUCUAGAUCAAUUACCUACCUCACUGGUCAAGUCCUAUAACUCUGGCAUUUAUUUUAGCCAAAUUAUGCCCCCUUUUGGACUUAGAAAAUCCUGGUUAAAGUUUUACAUGCAAGUUACUAUCUCCAAAACUAAUGCAGAUAUUAAAUUGAAACUUCACAUAUGUCUUCAGGGUUAUAAAACUAGUUGAUAGAAUCAAGUCCCAUAACUCUGACCUUCAUUUUAGCCAAAUUAUGCCCCCUUUUGGACUUAGAAAAUUUUGGUUAAAGUUUUGCGUGCAAGUACAUACAGCUAUUACUAAAAGGCAUAUAGAUUUGAAACUUAUUUUUUCUUUUUCUAGAUCAAUUACCUACCUCACUGGGUCAAGUCCUAUAACUCUGACAUGUAUUUUGGCCAAAUUAUGCCCCCUUUUGGACUUAGAAAAUCCUGGUUAAAGUUUUACAUGCAAGUUACUAUCUCCAAAACUAAUGCAGAUAUUAAAUUGAAACUUCACAUGUGUCUUCGGGGUUAUAAAACUAGUUGAUAGAAUCAAGUCCCAUAACUCUGACAUGUAUUUUAGCCAAAUUAUGCCCCCUUUUGGACUUUGAAAAUUCUGGUUAAAGUUUUGCAUGCAAGUACAUACAGCUAUUACUAAAAGGCAUAUAGAUUUGAAACUUAUUUAUUCUUUUUCUAGGUCAGUUACCAACCUCACUGGGUCAAGUUCCAUAACUCUUAACAUGUAUUUUGAACAAAUUAUGCCCCCUUUUGGACGUAGAAAAUUCUGGUUAAAGUUUUACAUGCAAGUUACUAUCUCCAAAACUAAUGCAGAUAUGGAAUUGAAACUUAACAUGUUUCUCUGGGGUUAUAAAACUAGUUGAUAGCAUCAAGUCCCAUAACUCUAAUAUGCAUUUUGGUCAAAUUAUGUCCCGUUUCGGGAAAUUAAAACUUUUGAUAUUUAACAUUUUGGGUAAUAAUUUCCUGCUUCUGUGGCAAUAUUUCGAAUAGUCGAGCUUGGCUGUCUUACGGACAGCUCUUGUUAUGUAUGUAUUUAUUAGAUAUAUUAUAUACAUGAAUUUGUUUCUUUGGUUGUAUGUUUACAAUACGUUAAUAUCAGGGUUUUUCAAAGCCAGUAUUAGGUGGAUUUUUAAACAUUGUAAGAAAACAAGAUUUAAAUGUUUCGGUAGGAAGAUAGCAGUUGUGUAAUCUGGGAUAGCUUUGUCACUUGGCUUCUGAAAUAUUAUUCUAACAUAUAUUAUUCUGGCCAUUCAGCACAGUUCCUUAUUGUAUUCCAUACUAUAAAUAGUAUUGAUUCUGUAUAGGAUAGAACCUUGAAUGUAAUUCAUACCAUGCACAAUAAUUAGCUGUUAGCAAACCAUGUGUUGUUGUGUUUAAAAGUUCAUUAACUCGAGUUCAUUCAAACUUUGUAUCAAUAUUUGUAAAUUUCUUUUGUUAAUUUUGAUUAACAAUACCUAAGUCAUAAUAAGAUGUUUAGUUAGAAUACUGAAAAUAGUAUGAACUCCAGAAUCAGAGACAAGGCGCGCGCUUUGAGUAAUUGGUCUUUAUCCAAGGCAUCAUGGAUUGACGUUAAUGUGGAAUCAGAGAUUAUUUGUUUUCUCCCUCGACCAUCGUUGUCUUCUAGCAAUUCUGGGUCAUUUGCGAACCGAUUGUACCACUUGGACCAAGACACAGAUGACUGAGCAUUGUUGUGGAGUAUGCUUCAGGAGUUAUAAAUUUCAGUUGUUUGUCAAAAUCUCUACAUAACUUAACACUCAGGUGUCGGAUUAUCUAUGUGAGCAGAUGACAACAUUGCUUGCGUUAUAAACAACAAUAUUCACUUAGUUUAGAUGUUGUUACUUCUACAUCCCAAGUCCGAAUGAUACCAUACUUUUAGUUCAUGUUGCCUGCGCGUAUUGCGGUACUUUGGUGUAUUUUCAGGUAAACAAAAAGACUAGCAGUGCGAGUUUUAUUGGUCAUAUUCAAAUCAUGACAGAUGAAAAAGCGACUGUGCCGGUUAUGAGUAACUAUGGAAAUUAAAACAUGCUAUGUGCUUUGCGUAUGUUGUGCUUUUGUCCUUAAUGGCAGUUUCAUGGGGAUAUGAAUUUGUGGAUUUCUAUUUGAGAACAUAAAAUGAAUGGGUUUUUACUUGUUCAUUGGGUUUUAAUUCUGAGUAUUGAUUCAUCCAGGAAAUUUUGCCCCCAUGAUUAUUAAGGAUUUAAAAGUAGUACUUUUGAUUCUGUUUGGCUAGAAGUUAGUUGUCUCAGGAACAUAUGUAUUUUAGUUUAUAUAAACAAUAUGGAUGCAGUCAGGUUGUCACAGCCACGGGUAUUUUGUAUUAUUGUGUCUGUAGCAUAGAAGCAAGGUCCUCUCUCAAAUUUAUUCAAAUAGUAGUGCUUGGCCCCCUUCUGAAGCUGCUAGUGGUAGAAGCAGAAAAACCUUAAAACAGCUUAUUCAAAUGAACCGCUUAAUGGAUAUUUGUAACAUCAUAGUAAGUUCUUGUCCAAAGUUUUUCGGAUGGGGGCACUUAGGCCCUGUUAGUGGCAACUAGAGCUAAAAGUGAAACGGGCAUUCAAGGACAUCUUCUCAUGAAUGACUUGAUGGAAUUUACUCAAACUUGAUCCGUAGCAUCUUUGUUAGGUCCUCCCACAAUUCUGUUAAAGUGGAGACACACCACCACUUUAACGAGCCGCAAAAGCUAAAAAUAGAAAUAUGUUUAAAGGACUUCUUUUUGUGAACUGCUUGAUAGGUCUUCAUGAAAUUUGGUCUUGAGCAUCAUUGUAAUAACAUUUUGCAAAUGUAUUAAAGGUGUGGACAAUUCGGCUCUUUUUGGGCCAACUACAGCUAAAAUAAAAAAAUAAUCUUUAAAUACCUCUCAUGAACUGGCUUGAUGGAUCUUCAUCAAACUUGGUCAUUUGCAUUAUAUACAAGAUCCUCUCCUAGAUUUGCUCAAAUACAGGCAUUUGCCUCCUUUUAGGGGCUCUGCAGCUAAAAUAGAAUAAAACCUUAAGACAACUUCACAGGAACAACUUGGUUUGUAACAACAUUAAAUGGUUUCUUCUCAAAUUUGUUAGAUACACUCCUGUAUUCGAAAACAGAAAUACCUAUAAACACCAUCUCGUGAAAUCCUUGAUGGAUGUUCACUCAACGCAUCAAUGUAAGGUCUUCUAUUCAGUGUUAAUUAAAAUUUACAUUGUGGAACUUUUCCUAUAGGCGAAAAUGUCAUCAAAUGUUUGAUUUUCUCAUGCUGCUUGACAUUUCUGAUCUUUCAACAAGCUAUCUUUAAGUUGACUUGUUCUUUCGCUUGACUGGCUGCUUUAGACAGUUUUUAACUGUCUUCCUGCAGGUAUACUAAAUAGCAGUGUAGAAUUUGACUAGGUACAUGUAUAAUUCAACAUAAGAAAUUGUUGGAACUGUAUGCUUAUACAUGUAUUAACUCGAUGCCAUCGGAUGUAUUGUAAACAUUUCUAUUAAGACUAUGCACUAUGUAUGUUUCAGGACCACAAAAUCUAAUCACAGCAGCAUGUAACACACUUUUACUGCAUAUAGACAUGCUUUACUAUUUAACUGGGAUAUUGUUUUGAGUGUCUCGUAUUAUAAAAAAUUGUGAUGCAUACGAAUACUGUACACAUACUUUUGUUUUUAUUUUGUUAAGUUUUACCUGUUGUAUUGAUGUAUUGAUUUAAAAGCUGGAAAUGUUUAUUACCAAUAAAAUCAGACUGUACUUG